CUAUGUAGCUUGCAUUUGGAUGUGUUGGCCAUCCAUGCCGCAAACUAAAAAAAAUAUGCUACUCUCAACAUAUAUGAGACUGACAGGAAUAGUUCUUAUGGCCUGAAAUCUGGCUCCUCUGAAGAGUCAAAGAGAAACUGAGAUGACUAUUCUCAUCGGCCGACCGCUCACUCGAGCAAUCACUGCCACAGCAGCUGCCGGUUUUCUGUUGUUCGGGUACGACCAGGGUGUUUUGAGUGGCCUCUUAACCGGCGAUGCUUUCACGAGGACGUUUCCAGAGAUUGAUACUCGCGCGGGUGCGGGCGGAAGUGCCACGCUCCAAGGCACGGUUGUAGCCGUUUACAACAUUGGUUGUUUUGUCGGAGCCCUUGUAUGUAUGGUCGUGGGAGAACGACUCGGACGAAGGAAAUGCAUUAUGAUGGGAUGUGUUAUUAUGACGGCAGGCGCCGUGGUCGAAGUCACAUCCCGGAAGCUUGCACAGUUGAUGACAGGCCUUGUUGUCGCGGGCUUCGGCAAUGGAUUCAAUACCAGUACCAUCCCUGUCUGGCUCUCGGAGCUUGCCAAUUUCAACAAAAGAGGCCAAGGUAUUGCCGUCACCAGUGUUAUCAACAUUUUUGGUGUUAUGGUGGCUUAUUGGGUCGAUUACGGUAUGAGCUUCGUGCCGAGCGAUGCGCAAUUCCGAUUUCCACUUUCGUUGCAAAUUCUGUUUGCUCUGAUAACGCUCGCUGGUAUCUCAGUGCUUCCAGAAUCCCCAAGAUGGCUCAUAGCGCAUGGUCGCAGUGCAGAGGCUCGGCAUAUUUUGUGGGCUGUAGAGAAGAACGCCCGCUCAAUGACCGAACAAGAUGAAUCCAUCACUGCCAAAGUCGAGGAGAUCCAUCUUACCGUCGAAGAGGAGCGAAAGGCGUCCAAGAGCGGUAGUUACAUCUCCAUGCUCCAUAAUGGGCCACAAAGAUUUCUCUAUCGUACAAUGCUCGGAGUCGGAGGUCAUUUCAUUCAGCAAUUUGCUGGUAUCAACUUGAUCAGUUGGUAUAUUCCUGUCAUCUUCCAGCAGUCGGUGGGGCUUUCGCGAAACACUUCAUUGCUGCUAUCUGGUUUCAACGGUCUGGCGUACUGCCUGUGUGCGAUCAUCCCGAUCCCGAUUAUAGAUCGUGUUGGCCGGAGGAAGCUUAUGCUCUUCGCUUUGGUUGGUCAAGGAGCUUGCAUGGCAGUACUGUCGGGGACAGUCGCAGAUGGUGGGAAAGCAGCUGGUAUUGUCUCGAUCGUCAUGCUGUUCUUGUUCAACUUUUUCUUCGCGAUAGGCUGCUCCAGCAUUCCAUGGCUAUGGCCUGCGGAAUACUCUCCUCUCGCAAUUCGCACGCGGGUGGCCUCACUCUGUACAGCAGCCAGCUGGUUAUUCACUUUCCUGAUCGUUGAAGUCAUGCCGAUCAGCAUUAAGAACAUUGGUUGGCGGACUUAUCUGUAUUUCUGCAUCUUCAACUUUAUCUCCAUUCCAUUCGUCUAUUUCUUCUACCCGGAGACGCAGAAUCUGUCGCUUGAACAGAUUGACCGACUCUUCACCGGCGACAAGAUCGCGAUGCGGUGGACACCUGAGAUGGAUGUUGAUGGGCUUGGGAGUUCAGAUGAUAAUCCUGAUAGACUGAAUGUAGGGUCCAUGUUAGAUAAAGCCUGUGCGCCUUGAAGACGAUUUUAAACCGAAAGGUUCAUGUUGUUUAUCGACAUUUGUUCCUGUUGAUGAUGCCAAUUAGUUAC